CCUAAUUCCCAGCAGCAAAGAAGAACCUGCAACCUUAGAAGAGAAAAGGGAAAUAGAGAAACGAGAGCUUGCUUUCGGUGAAUAAAUGGAGAGAGAUAUAGUGGCUGAUGCCGUGGUGGUGAUAAUGAUAGAGAAGCUGAGGAAGCUCAAGUCGGCCGAGGCAGGGUGCCCCGCGCUGAAGAGUCAAGUCGACAAAGGGAUCCCAAAGCUCAAACGGGUCUAUGAGUUCUUGAAGGACGAGGGCAAGAAGGAAAGCCAUACCGAGUGGACGGACCGCCUCCAGCGGGUCCUCUACCAGGCUGAGGACGACAUCGACAUUUUCUUCCGCCGGAUAGUCGAGUUGGAGCAGAGGACUAUCACACUUGUUCCCGACGUGCUCGAGACACUGUGUUGGAAGGGCGUCCUCUUCCAGAAGAUGAGGCUCUUCCUCAGCAACGUGACUCGGGUACUUAAGGACCAACACCUGUACUCAAAAGGGGCCGGCCCAGAUUCGAGCUCGUCCAUCGCCAACAAAGUGCGCCCCCAGUACUACGAUCGGUGGAGGAGAGUCAAUGCCGACCAAGAAGACACAGCUGAGAACACUAGCAUAUUCCGUGGUGCUCUCGACAGGGUCAUCAAUGAUCGACUCAUUACUGGCGAUGACUCGCUCGAUUGCAUUGCGGUCAUUGGUGAAAAAGGGUCAGGCAAGACGUACCUCGCCUGGAGGAUUUACAACCGACCAGAAAUCAAGAAGCAUUUCCCAUGCCGAGCCUGGGUACACGUCUCGGUUGAUCAUGCACUCAAAGAUAUAAGGUACGCGAUCCUGAAGCAGAUCUCAAAACAGGUGUUGAAGAACAGCGAGCACAUGGAGGACCAGGAGGUGACGCAAGCUCUCCAGAAGGAACUUUAUGACCAGAGGUACCUCAUAGUGUUGGAUGAUUACGACGACCCUGAUUCCUUAUAUGAGUUGCUGAUGUCCCUUCCCGAGUCCAACAAAGGUCGCGUCCUGGUCACGACCCGAAGCCAGUACAUGGCACUUGCAGUUGAUUACCGGCGGAUCGAACUAGAAAAUUUGGGGGAGGAGGACACUGUGAAGCUCUUUAAGGAGAAAGUGCGUAGCUCGGAAAUCAACUUGCAGGAUAAGGACAUCAAGAAGAAGAUCUUCCCAGCGAGUGGGGGCUUGCCCCUCAAGAUCGUUCUGCUAGGCGGGCUAUUGAUGAACCUUAGUCGUGAGACUAAGAAUUGGCAUGACGUGAUCGAGAGAGAACAGAGUCUCACCGACAUACUCACUUUGAGUUACAAUUACUUGCGGCCGGAAGAAAAGCCGUGUUUUCUUUACUUGACACUCUUCCCUAAAGCUACGCCAAUCCCGGUACGAAGGAUAAUACGGUUAUGGCUUGGCGAGGAGUUGCUGAUGGGUCAGUGCGAUGACGGGCUCCCCGUGAAUCCCGAAGACCGGGGGGAGAAGUAUCUGGAGGACCUGAUACAGAGCAACAUGGUCGAAGUGGUGAGUUGGAAGCCCAACGGGACCCCAAGGACGUGCCAAGUGGUGACACCUCUCUAUGAUACGUUCCGUCGCCAAGCGGUUGACCUUGCCCUCCUCCACAUCCACGACCAAAAGCCAAAAGAUUCUGGGCCAACUCAGGCGGAAUUGGACAGGUUCAAAAGGCGGCAGUCCAGCGUCCGUUGGCUAGCGGAAAACUCCAACAUUACGAGCUUCAGCUCGUCGGACCCUUACAUCAUCCAGCGAAUGCGUUCCUUCAAUUCCUUUUACACCCGGAAGGGAAUCCUCACCAGAGACCUAGGUAAGUUCCUCCGAGCCGUGACUUCGCAGAACAGUCACCGGCUCCUAAGGGUACUCGACCUGGAAGGUGUUUACAAGCCAUACUUGCCCCAAGCCAUCGGGAGGUUAGUCCUCUUGAAGUACCUUGGAUUGAGGUCUACGGUCCUGGAUUCACUCCCUGACUCCGUCGGCGAUCUCCCACAACUGGAGACCUUGGACAUUAAGAACACCAAUAUAGUCCAUCCGGUUUCCAUUUGGAAGUCUAAGAGCCUCAAACACCUCUACUUGAACGGGUUUCCCGUUGAUCCAUUGAUCCUCAAACGUUACAUUGGCUCAGGGUUCUUACCAAACCUUCGAACCUUGAGCGGGCUAUAUGUGAGCAGCAUUGAUGACAACUUAGUGAAUGUCCUGAUUACGUCCUUGACAAACCUCACCAAGCUCGGGAUCAAAUCCCAGUGGAGCGGCAACCGUGGGAACAAUAUAGCCGGGUGGGUGUCCAGGCUGACCAAUCUUCAGUCUCUGAAGCUGGUCAUGAUUGAAAAGGACAAGGAGUCGAAUACCAAAACAGACAAAGAAAAGGAUAAGGAGUCGCCCCCGCCUAGCCUUCCCUCCUUGCCCGAGCUUCGCAAUCUCUUCGACCUGUACCUGCUCGGGAGAUUCCAAAAAGCGGAAGCAAACCAGCUGCCUUCAUGCCUCAAGUUCCUCACGCUGUCCAAGUCUGAGUUUUUGGACGACCCGAUGCACAACGUCGGGCAGUUACUGCAACUGAGAACCUUGAGGCUCUUAUCCGAUUCAUAUGUAGGUAAGGAAAUGAGUUGCUCGGACGGUGCAUUCCCCAGCCUCCGGGUUUUGAAGCUCUGGAAACUCACCAAACUGACGAAGUUGACUUUGAAGAAAGGCUGCAUGCCUAAACUUAAAGAGCUCGAAAUUCGAAAAUGUCCAAAUCUUCCAUUCGAUGAGAUCCACGGUCUGGAGCAUCUCGAGUCGCUGGAGGAACUUAUUCUCACAAAUAUGCCCGAGGGGUUUGUCAGGAGUUCUGAGAAAAUACCGAAGGCUUGCCAAGUCAUCGAAGUCCAGCCAGAAGAACAUCAUGACAAAGGUAAGGAUGCUUUGGUCUCAACCGAGCGCCCAAUGGUCGAGGAGGAUGGGGAAGACGAGGAGCCAUCCUCUAUAAGUGCCCGUGCAGAUCUUAGUGGAGUCCAUCCCUCUGCUCCCUUUACUGAGUGAUAGGCAAAGCCCGAUUUACGUUUGUUAAUAAGCCCCAAUGGAUUUGUGCCAAGUCAUCCAUUUUAUUUUAUGUUUCCCUGCCGGUUUCGGUUUCAUGAUUGAAGAAUCGGAUUGUAAUGCAGAGGCUUGAGAUGCAAUUUAUCAGUUAUCGAAUUCGUUUGCAGUUUCCUCAGAAGGCUUCUUUCUGAAAGCUUAUACCAACCACUCCCUAUUUGCUAAUGGGUUCAAGUAGAAUUUAGAAAGCUGAAACACUUUAAAGGAUCAAAUUUCAAUUGCCUCAAGUCUCCGAUCUCCAGUAAAUUUACAAAGCCUUUCUUUUGUACAAAUGUUACCAACCACAUCAAUAAUCACAGGCCGAAGAACACUCUGCCUGUUAAUAGGAUAGCCAAGAAACGUGACUUACACAUCUAACUUACAACAGAGACAACUCAGAAGACAAGCACCUGAGUCUUUCUAAACCUGUAUUUAACCUGUACUGAUCGCCGAGGCAUGAAGAACCGAUAUUGUAUUGGCAAACAUAAAGGAGAUAGACUUGGGCCGCCGACCUCACAGUAGAGAUAACACUCUCUUUUUGAAGACAUUUGAUCUCCUGCCGGAUCCCCGAGGCGCAAAGUUCAGGCCGGACAUUUCCUUCGGGGCAUCCUCUGCAGGGACGAGCCCCACAAGCAUCGCCACAAUGGAGGCACUUUCAGAUAUGUGGUCGAUGUCAUCUGUGCGGGUCCAAAGGCGGCAGGCCAACUGCAAGCUCCUGUUCUUCGAGUCCAAGCCAAUACCCCACGUGAGGAACAGUCUCUCCCCGUCUAUUGUAGAGACCUUCUUCU